AUGGAAGGUGCAAAGAGAAAGAAUCUAGGAAAGAUGGUCACCCUUCGAGCCAUCGAUAGCCAGGCACUCCAAUCUCCUCCCCUGAAGACUGCAGCCAUUGGGGCCUACAUGGAGUCCCAGACACAUGGAAUCAACUUCUUUAUGUGCAACUAUAGUCAAAUGGGCUCAGAACCAGGCUACAACAAAAAUGAUGGCUAG